AGAAGAAAAAAACUCAUGCAUCGGAAUGAUUAAAACGACAAUGUGCUCCAUGAACCCUGGUGCGUUUUAGAGCAGCUGAAGUUGAUCGGGACUUUACUGGCAGUGAAACAGGGACAUUAAAGUGGAAGGAGAAGUGUUUAGAAACUAUUCAGCUCACUCUAACUGAUGGAAGGAGAGAGGAGGAAAAAGAGGAAAUCUUUUCGCUUAACCAGAAUAAGCGCUAUGGACUGGCGAGGCAACAUUUAACGCUACUUGUUUUGUUGUUGUUUUUUGGGUGAGAUGACGGAAUAAUAAACAAACUACUGGCGUGUUUGUAGCAUGAUAGUGAGCGCGACAUGUCUAACGCGAGGCCGAGUAAAAGCGUGGAAUGGCUGCAGCUGGAGUUGGAGAGCGGAGCCUCCUCUCUGCUCCUGCUGGACUGCCGCUCUCACGAGCUCUAUGAAUCCUCCCACAUAGAGAGCGCCAUAAACCUGGCCAUGACCGGCCUCAUGCUGCGGAGGUUCAGGAAGGGCAACAUCCCGAUCCAGACCGUCAUCCCCAAACACGAGGACAAGGAGAAGUUCUUGAGGCGGUGCAAGACGGACACGGUGCUCCUGUAUGAUGAGAGCUGCGCGGACUGGCAGGACGGAGGCUCCCCGGCCACCACGCUCUCCCUGCUGCUCAACAAACUGCGAGAAGACGGCUGUAAAGCCUAUUUUCUAGAAGGUGGUUUUGUGAAGUUCCACACAGAGUACCCAGAGCACUGCGAGACUCUUCUGGACAGCUCCUGUCCUAGCUCCUCCCCCACUAUACCUGUCUUGGGCUUUGGGGGUCUGAGGAUUAGCUCGGACUGUUCAGACGGUGAAUCUGAUCGAGAGCCCAGCAGUGCAACAGAAUCAGAGGAGAGCCCCGUUCCCAGCAAUCAGCCAGAUUUUCCCGUCCAAAUCCUUCCUUACCUCUACCUGGGCUGCGCCAAAGACUCCAGUAACCUAGACGUGCUGGGCCAGUACAACAUCACGUACAUCCUGAACGUCACACCCAAUCUGCCCAAUGUGUUUGAGCACAAGAGCCACUUCAGAUACAAGAAGAUCCCGAUUUCAGACCAUUGGAGUCAGAACCUGUCCCAGUUCUUUCCAGAAGCCAUAUCAUUUAUUGAUGAGGCACGAUCAAAGCGAUGUGGGAUCCUGGUCCAUUGCCUGGCAGGCAUCAGCCGCUCAGUCACAGUCACUGUGGCCUACCUUAUGCAGAGGCUGAACCUCUCUCUAAACGACGCGUACGACUUUGUAAAGAGGAAGAAGUCCAACAUCUCACCAAAUUUCAACUUCAUGGGUCAGCUCUUAGACUUUGAGAGGACACUGGGGCGACACACGCCCUGCGAUAACCGCUCUACCAGCGAGGAGCAGCUUUUCUUCACCACGCCAACCAAUCACAAUGUCUUUCAGCUGGAGACGACAUGAGGAGUU